CCAGCUUUUUCAUUCUUGAAUAUUGAAAAAUGAUUCCUUCUCAAAUGAUAGUUUUUCUAUUUAUUUUUCUUCAAAGCUAUACAAGCCUAGCAUAUGAUCCUGAUCCAGUUAAUGAUUACUGCAUCCCAAGAACAGAGUUUUCUUCAAUCUUCCUUUCUUGCAAGAAUACAUCACUUGUCACAGUCGAUGAUUUUAUCUAUUCGGGGAUUAAAGAUCCAGGAAACUUUAAGCAUACUGGAUUUUCAUCCAUUCCAGUGAGUUCCACUGUCUUUCCUGGACUGAACACAUUAGGCAUGUCAUUUGUGCGCGCUGAUUUUGAUGUUGAUGGUGUCAAUGUGCCACAUUUUCAUCCGAGAGCAACAGAAACUGCAUUCGUGCUCGAGGGGAAGAUUUAUUCAGGGUUUGUUGAUUCAGGAAACAGAGUAUUUGCUAAGGUUCUUGAGAAAGGAGAAGUCAUGGUGUUUCCAAAAGGUUUAGUUCACUUCCAGAUGAAUGUUGGUGAUUCGCCAGCGACUAUUCUGGGAAGCUUUAAUAGCCAAAAUCCUGGAUUAGUGAAAAUCCCAUCUGCUGUUUUUGGAACAGGAAUUAAAGAGGAGCUCUUGAUGAAAGCUUUUGGAUUGAAUGACAAGGAGAUUGCUAAAUUGAGGAAGAAGUUUGUUCCUCAAUAGUAGGAUAGAUUAUUGGAAUAUUUGUAGUUUCUGUGUUUCAUCUCUUUUCUUCUGUAUUCAGUAAUGCAACUAAAUUACCUUAGUUCCA